GGAAAGGGAGGCGAGAGAGAGGGGCGAGCUUUUCUGGUAAAGGGUGGCGUCGCUCGCUCUUUUACUUUGGAGCGGGUUGCCGGUGAGAUUGGUGCACUUGGUGGUUUACUCGCCUGGUGGUUUCGGUUCGUCAAAGUGGUGCUGGUGCUGGUGCCGGAAGAGUCGUCGAACGCGGUGCUUGGCUUUCUCCCGAUUCUCGUUGCUACCCGCCCUCGGCCCCUCCCUUCCUCCUUCCUCCUCUGUCUCACCUUCCUCUACUCCAUACUUGCGGCUGCUUGCCGUUGUCGCCCUGCUCUCAUUUCUCAGACCUUGCUGCUGCUCAUGUGACCUACCUGCUCGCUUCGUGUACCUCUCUUCGAAGCUUCCUUGUUCGCAACUUGUUUAGGUGCCGUCGCCGAAGAGGAGAAACAAGGAGGAGAAGAAGAAGAAGAAGAAGAGGAGGAGGAGGAGGGAGAUACGGGCUGGGCUGAGCCUACCCUUUGGCAUUUCCUGCUUUCCCUCUCCCGACCUACGCACUCGACUCGCUUUACGGGGUUUGAAGGUUUUGCUGUCUCGCUGUCAUCUUUUAUCCCUCGACUGAGGACUGUUGUUGGCCGGGUGCGGGCUUUGGCGUCAUCUGCUGGUUGUGCUGUUUAGCUCUCUUCCGUGAUCUUCGUACCCCAAAUUGUGCUCAGCUUCUAGCUUGCAUUCGACCGCGGUCGAAGCACAUGUCGUUAUGCUUGGACGUUCGGAAGUCGCUUGAAUCGCUGGAAUCAUGACGCAUGAAGGAUGUCGGACGAACUCGCUCGGCUCCAUCUCUUUUGCCUUUGAGAGUGGUUCUUGUGCGACCUGAGCCCCUUACCUCCGGUUUUGAAAGAUUUUGAGCUGAGGUCGGCAAUUGCUCCCUCUCUCUUCGAAAGCUUGGUCGAAGAGAGUAUGCCCCCGUGAAGUCCUGCAAUCUCGACGUCUGAGCGCAACCUUAUGGUUUCUAACGACCUCGUUGGCACUCUCUACUGUUCGACCAGGAAUCGCUUUGUGAACAUUUCUUACACUCAAUGAUGAACUUGAACCUAUGGUGCAAGCAACGACAAUGACCGCUGUGAUGGCGGAGAAAGAUCCACCUGUUUUUCGUGACUUUUUAGGAAUUGGCCGCAAAGACGACGCAACUGUCAAACAGCCUCAACCGUCUCCCGGAGUGGCUAGAAGAAAUACCGCAGGAUUUGACGAUGAUGGAGAGGCCGAAAUAUCUACAAGAGCUUCGUCAGGGACUAGUGGGCGAUUCGAAACUUGCUCGGCACCUGGCAUACUGCCACCAUUCUCCUCGGCCUUCCCGUCUACGUCAGAUCCUGGUUCAGGUGUUGCGGAUGGCUGGCUGAGGGCCAAGGUCGGGCCGGCCGCUUUGCAACAUCAUGGAGUGAAGAGCGCUUUCUAUAAACCUGAAACUGAAAACAAGUCAAUCAAGAGGAGGGAGAGUCCCAUAGGGAGGGAAUCUCUGCAAGAACGCCUUCAAAUGAGCGUUGAAGCUCUCGAGAACUCUCGUCCUCUUAAGGUGGCACGAGUGGAAAACAAAGAUGACAAGUGCAAGACAAGGACUACUGGUCCGACAGUGGACGAGUUGCGCCUGAGCAUGCAGCCACCACGUGUUGGAGCCAAAGGGAGCCCGCUGCUGCACACACCCGCACCGAAACCUGAACCCUCAUCUCGAUUGUCAAAAAAGCCCGAGCGACCCAGGCCUAACGUCGGAACAACAGCACCCCCCCGACUUAGCCACCUUGGCCAGACCUCGGAAAGAGCAUCUGCUUCUGGAAGAGAGCACGAUAUGACGCCUGUUAUCGUUCCCCCGGCAGCAGAUGAAGGAUCGCGUACAGGAAUCAAAGGUUCACCAUUGGGUGGACUCCUAAAUACUGUUCAGCCUACUCAAGCUACUGCCGGUGCAUCAAGUGGACCUGCAAAUCACAACACACCUCGCAGACUGAAAGUCUCGUGCCAUAGCGCAGGUUCAGAUUCCAUGAUACCAGCCAGGCACCAGUUUGCUGCCCCUCCCAGUCGACAGCUCACCAUAUUUUAUGGUGGACAGGCUCACGUAUUCGACGAAGUUCCCCCGGACAAGGCUUCCCAGAUCAUGCAACUUGCUGGGUCCAAUGGUCGAUCGUGGUCAACUACUUACUCUCCAAGACAGACAACCAGCAUUGCAAAUUCGGCAAGUGAGGAAUCUCUCUCGGCAUUGGAGAGGGAAAGAGACAAAACCAUGAACUUAAGCCAUGGUGGAUCUGUACAAAAUGGGGGAAAUUUGGCACUUUCUACCGAGGUGCAAACUCUCCUCCGUGGUCUUGCUCAGUCUGGCAAUGGCGCUGGAUCAGCUGGCCACGGUCAUUCCAUUCCUGAUAAUAUGGCCCCUCCUCUAACAUCUGAAAUGCAGCUGCAGCAGGCGCUGUCAGAUCGGAUAGCUGCCAAUGGCUUUAAAAGAGAUAACACAAACGGAAGGAAUGUUCCACGGCCAACAUCCUGCACAGACGACAUGAGUGCCAAGGAGGCCCUUCUUCAAGGAGGGCAACGGUGGAUGUGAAGGACAAGCUUCGUGGCGUCUUCUGGGGCACGGCAAUAAUGACCAAGGGAGGACACUCUUCUCGUUUUGUUUCUGCCACCAAAACAUUUGGAUGGGGUGCCACAAAAACUUGCCGUCACUUGCCAAAGCUCUUGUACUUUAAGGAUUGAUGCGGAUCUACAACGGGCUCUCCAUUGUAGGUUGUGUUUGAUGUGGCCGCCAAUGUAGAAUUUCUGCAAUAGUCCUCUCUCAAGACUCAUUGGGAUGAUGGAGUGUAAAUUAUAAUCUUGUACCUCACGUACAAGUUUUUGUGGAGAUCUGUAGUUUCUACUGUAGUUAUAGAUUCAGAUUAGGUCACCCCUUCCAUCAUACGUGACUCAGGAAUUUCCGGGUGCAGCAGGGGUUCAGGUAGUGUCGUGUGAUUUUCAGUUUCCAGGCGUUUGUAAGCAUAGUAUUUCGCCGUCACAUUAGUUUUACUCUUUAGCCAACUUUGGUCAGCUGAGUCAAAUGUCUUUUGAAAACAUCUUGAAUGAUUGAGAAUACUUCC